AUGACGGAAAUCUUUCUCCUCGCUAGUCUUCUGGCGAUCGCCAGGUUUUCACAUGCCGACGUCUACAACCCUACACGACUCCUCCGAUCAGCCAAUUCAUCAUAUGCAUAUUUAUUCGAUGCUACACCUUCGUCGGACGGGCAGGCGAACUUUCAUGCGAUCAAUAUCAACACGACAUUCAACGCUGGAGAGAUCAUUGGAAGCUCUGUCUCAGCUGCAUUACCUUACUUACAAGAUGGCACUCCACAAGCAUAUACUCCGAUCAUGGACGCGAAUGGGAGGAUCACCGUCGUCAUAGGCGAUUGCUCAACCGGCGCCGCAGGCACAAGGCUGUGGAGAUUUUCGCCAGAUGCAAAAAGCAAUAGCGGCAAUGGCUUUUGGGAGGAGGUCAAUAUGCCAGCCCGAACGACUUCAAGCGGUGCCACGUAUCUCGCGGGCGGUAUCGCAUUCUCUCCCAGAGUGAGCGCAACGACAAAGGACGUCGGCUUUUACGUGUUCGGAGGCAUGUGUCCUUGGUCGAAUAGCACUUCCAGCAACUGGAUAGCAUCAGCAGACUAUUACGACACCAUGUUGGACAUCGCGCCUGUCAGCGAAGAGUCGCCAUUCUACCGAAUGUCGACAGUUGGUAGCUUGGGACAGCCGAUAGCAGAAGCAGGAUUCUCUAUAACCGGCCUGACACCAAGCUUAACUCAGAGCGGAGGUGCCAGUGGGCGGAAACAAGAGCAAGAAUUUUUACUUCUGGGAGGUCACACCCGUGGCGCAUUUCUCAACAUGUCCCAAGUUGCCCUCUUCGCACUUCCACAGCAAAGCUGGGCGUUCUUUCCUGUAGCGCAGGCUUCCAAUCGCAAGGUUGACCUCUCGAUCAAUCAAGCAUCUAUUGUGAUUGAACCUCGCUCGGGCCACACUGCUAUUCUAUCCGAAGACGGCAGCUGUGUCAUCCUCUUCGGCGGCUGGGUAGGUGAUAUCUCAAAUCCAGCUCAACCUCAACUUGCGGUCCUUCACCUCGGACCAGGUUAUGGAGGCGAUGCAAAUGAUGCUUGGUCCUGGAAGAUCCCGGAUCAGUCCGGGACGGGAUUAGAUCCAGGUGCAGGUCUUUAUGGUCACGGUGCCACCAUGCUGCCAGGCGGUGUCAUGAUGAUCGCAGGAGGAUACUCCAUCGUCGCACCAGCGGCUCGGCGUAAAAGGGAUGGUCCAGCAUUGAACAGCAAUGUACUGCUCUAUAAUGUGACGUCAAACGAAUGGUUGACGUCGUAUACUUCGCCACAAAGGGCUACACUUGGCAAGGGCAAGUCCAGUGCCGGAAAUUCUGGGCAGCAAACUAUUCUUGGAGUGGGAAUUGGUGUCGGAGUUUUGAUAGUGGUGGUUCUUAUCAUCCUUGGCUACUGGUAUGCAUGGCGUCGACAGCAUCUGGAUGACGACGACGACGAUGACGAUGAUGAUCAGAGCACAUAUGUAUCAUCGGACAAGGACAAUCUGGUCAAGCAAACCCAGCGGCCCUUCCUGGAGAACACCAGUCCAGACAACCAAUUCAAGGGCCCCAUAACGUCUGAGACUGCUCUUUUUCAACAUCGCGAUCGCAAUCCCGGUGACAGCGAUGGCCCACCUGCCAUCGGGAACUUAGAAUCUGCAGGCUCGACGGGACGAUUCGUUGAAAUUCCUAGCCCGACACGUGGUCUUAGAAAGAACUUGGCAAGUCGACCGUACAUGUACCAUGCUGCUCCACGACAUGACGAUCACCGAAUAACGAACUACCAUCUGGGUGCCAUCCAUCCGAUCGUUGAACGAGAAGAUGAAGAUGAUCAAAGCUCCAUUCACAGAUCUCUGCGUGAUAUCACCCAUCACAGCAGCACUACUAAUGCUUUCCUCGAAUCCGAGAAGAAAAUGGACGAAAUCGAGCGAUCUCUGGUGGAACGACCCGAGCAGCGGCGUUCCAUGACGAUGAUGCCAACUCCGAUCCUCGACAAACGCGAACCGACGCUCCCUGUCAUUCGACCAUUAUCGGAUCCAUUCGUUGAUCCUCAUCCCAAUCCUUUGGGAAGCAAUCCCAUUUCACCUGCGCCAGCCGCAGUAAUGAUCCGUCCUCUGUCUUUUGAAAUAAAGAAUCACUUUUCUUCCAAAUCCAAAAUCCCUUUGCCCUUGGGUCGACAACCGCUGGCAAAAGACUCGGUCAUAUCAGAGAAUUGGGUCACGUACAGCGGAGAGGACGAGUCGGGGGCACCUAUGUUGCCGCCAGAACCAGCCGCAUCUGGUCGCAGCUCGCCUACUAAGACAGACGAGCGCACAAGUUCGACACUCUCGUCACGGUCGCGAGUCUCGCAUACGUCUUCGGCGUCUGGCGCACUACCGACCCGCACAGGGACGGUGCUUUCCGGGAUGUAUGCACUAACUCAAGGAGAUUCGCACAACAAGAAGGGGAGCGUAAGCGCCGAGAUUCUAAGAAGUGAUCGCACCGAUACUAUGUCUUCGAGCUCGGGUGGAUAUCCGAGUCUCCCAGCAUCUCGCCUGUCGUCUGUUCGAACUGAUGGAAGCGGUCGACCUUACGUGAGGCAUGCUGAAUUACGACAGCAAGAGAUACAGCCCAGCAUUUACCCUGAUAACAGACCACCACGGGUAGACGAAUCGACAGAGUCUUUCGUGACAACGCGAUCGAGCUUCGCGCAAUUACAGAACGAAGGCGAGCAUCUCCUUGGCCGCAAUCCGUCGCCUGUCUCGAACAUACCAAUGCCGACAGCCGCAGUGGCGCCAUUGACCGCAGUGGCAGCGUUGACCCGACAACGAGACCUGUCGCCCACACGACGACUGUUUGGUGCUGGACCUCAUAGCCCCAUUGCUCCAUUGGCGACCAACGUUGUGCUCGAGCCUGGCGAUAAAUCGUAUAGCAAAGACAACAGCAACAACCAAAGUCCGCUUGGGACUAACCAUCCGCCUGUCAGUGCUGGAUCGGAGUCCAACUCAGGCCAGGAUACCAACAUCGCACGCCUAUCUUCCUCAGCGUCGCGCCACCAGAAAUCCUACGAGAUCGCUCCUCCGAGUAGUACGCCAUCUAGCAGCUCCGCUGGUGGCGGCUGGGUGGGUAGUCUCCGUCGUGCCUUGACAGCUAUCUCAGUGAGCGAGCGGAGCUUCACAGCACGAAGCAUCACGCCGCCACCACCCUCCUCGACGGCGGCCGAAAAUGCCUCCCGCGCGAACCAACCUCAGCACUCGCACUCGACUAAGAGCACGCACUCGGAAAAUGGCCCACGCCGCACUGUCUCAGCAGGUAGCACCUCCUCAGCCACAGCAGCAACGCGCCUACUCAAAGAGAAGCGUGGCCAGCGCGAUUGGCCCGUCCUCGCAGGGCAACCCAGCAGCGGUACUUCCACUUCCUACCUCGGGAGUACUUCCGUCGGCGUGAACACUCCCGCUGAUCGCCAACCAUUCAUCCAAGAAUCCUACUUCCACGCAGAUCCCGACGAAUGGGGCGUGCCGCGGACCUCGAUGGACCGGAUCCAAGCCGAAGGCGAAUGGGACGUCGAAGGCGCCGCCGCUUGCCGCGACGUGCAGAUGCUCGGCGCGACCUUCACCGUGCCGAAAUCGCGCCUGCGCGUCGUGAACGCCGAUAUCUCCGGCGGGGCGAUCGGUGGUGCCGCGAGUCCCGACCCGGGACAUGCAGCGCGUCUUGCACGCAAGGACUCCCAGCGGAGCGUCAGUGAUGGCGCGGUCGCCCGCCAGGAGAGCCUCCGGCGGAGACAAGCUGGCAUGGGACCUAGCCGAGGCGCAACGAUGGCGAAGCAGCAGCCCGUUGAGCACUACGAUGGCAAGGACUGGGGCGAUCGGAGUUCGGUCGAUAGUGGGCUCGGGGCCUCGGAACGGACGGGAAUGAUGGGACGGCAAGGCGCCGGGCGGAUUUCGCCUUUUGACGACGCAGGCGUCGCAGGAGGAGGUGGCGGAGGAGGAGGAGGAAGAGCAGGAUCGAGUGCAGCAAAAGGCAUGAUGGGAUUAUUCGGGAAGAAAAUGAUCUGAAUGAUGAAUCUGACGGACAGACGCGUUUCACACAACGCAAACACGAAGAUGGAGAGCAAAGGGAGAAAUACUGGGUCUUCUUUCUUUUUUUUCAACAACCCCUUUUUCCCUAUCUUUAGCUGUUUUCAUUAUAUCGGGCGAUGUUGCCCAUACCCGCGGCCUUUAUUGAAAUUUUGAGAUUAGAAAAAGGGAAGAUGAGCGACAUGCCUGUUGUGUCGUCGCUAGUUAUGCUUGUACGGCUUUGCCAAUCCUUAGGAGAGGUGGAUUCAGGAAGGGAGGAGACGAUGAUUUUGCGAGGUUUCAGUGUAGCAGUAGUAAAGCGAUAGGACCAAGCUGUGAGGGCAAGAAAACAGAAUAUGAUUGUUGUCGACCGAGGAGCAAUAUUUUCACAUUUCAGACAGAUACCUUUUCUCGAGAUAGUCUCC